AUGAGAAUUAACAGCAUUCAUUCAUCAUAAUCUUUAAAAAGCUGCAAUUAAAUUGGUGAUGAAGAUGUAUCAGGAUUAAGUUAUGCUUUAGCAAAUUGUACUAAUCUCUCAAAUUUGAUACUUGACUUUCGUCGUAAUUAAAUUGGUGCAGUUGGUGCAUCAAGCUUAGGUCUUGCUUUAGAAAAUUGCACUAAUCUCUCAAAUUUAAUACUUGACAUUAGUGAAAAUUAAAUUGGUGCAGUUGGUGCAUCAAGCUUAGGUUCUGCUCUAACAAAUUGUACUAAUCUCUUAAAUUUAACACUUAACCUUGGGGAAAAUUAAAUUGGUGCAAUUGGUGCAUAAGGCUUAGGUUCUGCUUUAGCAAAUUGCACUAACCUCUCAAAUUUGACACUUGACCUUGGAGUCAAUUAAAUUGGUGCAGUUGGUGCAUCAAGCUUAGGUUUUGGAUUAGCCAAUUGUACUAAUCUCUCAAAUUUAACACUUGACCUAUGUAUUAAUAAAAUUGGUGAAAUGGGUGCAACAGGCUUAGGUUCUGCUUUAGCAAAGUGCAUCAAUCUCUCAAAUUUGACCCUUAAACUUGGUAUCAAUUUAAUUGGUGCAAUUGGUGCAUUAGGCUUAGGUACUGCUUUAAAUAAUUGCACUAAUCUCUUAAAUUUGAAACUUGAUCUUUGUUAUAACUAAAUAUUUGAAUCGUAUCAAUUGAAAGUAAAAAGUAAGUGUCUUAAAUCUAAAAGAUUAGUUGUAUUUGAAAUAAAUUUCUCAUGA